GGUCUCUUCUCUGGCGGCCAUUGUUUGCUGCUGAAUUAGCUGUUCGAAUAGUGGACCGAAAUCCACUAUCAUCGGCAACAAUUCACCAUGUAUCGUACUUUUUUGCAGCUGACUGUCUGCAUAUGUUUGUUGUCUUUGUCUACAAGUGCAAAACAAGGCAGUGUUAAUAAUGAUUUGAUUAUUAUGAAGGCGGAAAGGACCCUGGACAUGGCCUCCCAGCUGGUGAAGCAGACAACAGCUAUCAACUUGAUCAACAACGCCAAUGCUCCAGUAAAAUCGUUUUUACUCGCAACUGAACCACUUCUUGCAAAUAAUCUUGCAUUUGUGGGUGCAACGAUCAAAUCCGACGAUGAAACUGAGCAUCUAGAUGUGGAAGCUGUCAAAGUUGCUGGACACAGUGAUAUACAGUUUUACAGUGUAUCUUUAGAAGAUCCACUGGGUGCUGGCCAGUCCCUUGAUGUUAACGUGGAAGAAAUCUUCACCCAUGUACUACGUGCCUUCCCAUCUCAGAUAAGCCAAGAUGAGAAACAACUAGUGGAGUUCACCAGCAAUUACUAUUUCUAUUCACCAUAUCCAGUUUCGGAGCAAACCACCAAUGUGAAACUAUCUUCUUCAAAUGUUGAAUCGUACAGUAAACUGAGUCCAGUCUCUGCCAGUGAUGAUACCAUCACAUACGGGCCGUAUGAACGUAUCCGUCCAUUCAGCAAAGGCAAGGAUAACCUGAAAGUGCACUAUGAAAACAACAGUCCAUUCCUGACUGUCACUCAGCUUGAACGAGUCAUUGAGAUCUCACACUGGGGUAACAUUGCUGUGGAGGAGACACUGGAUAUCAGACACACUGGUGCUAAGCUCAAAGGAUCUUUCUCUAGAUACGACUAUCAAAGAACUCAAGAUGGUUUUUCUUCCAUCAAGUCUUUCAAGACAAUUUUGCCCGCAUCUGCGCGUGAUGUUUAUUACCGUGAUGAGAUUGGUAAUAUCUCCACAAGUCAUCUUAACGAACAAGAUGAGUUUAUUGAAGUUGAACUACGACCAAGGUUUCCUCUCUUCGGUGGUUGGAAGUCGCACUAUUAUAUUGGUUAUAAUGUGCCAACUUACGAAUAUCUUUUCAAUUCUGGGGAUGCCUAUGUGCUUCAGAUGCGCUUCUUAGAUCACAUCUUUGAUGACCAAGUAGUGGAUGAGUUGACUGUCAAAAUUAUCCUGCCUGAAGGAUGCAAGGACAUUGAGUUCAGACCACCGUACAGUGUGAGGCAGGAUAGUAUACAGCGUCAUUAUACAUAUCUGGAUACUAUGGGAAGACCUGUACUAGUCGCUCACAAAUCCAAUCUUGUGGAGCCCCACAUCCAAGACUUUGAAUUACACUAUACAUUCCAAAAGAUCUUAUUAUUGCAAGAACCGUUAUUAGUUGUUGGUGCUUUCUAUCUACUGUUCCUAGUUGUCAUCAUCUAUGUCCGUCUCGAUUUCACUAUAUCCAAGGAUCCAGCCACUGAGUCGCGUCUGCGUAUUGCUGGUUUGAUUGAACAAGUAUUGAAAAGUGAAGACAAGCGUUUCAACUUGUACCAUAGCUAUGACGAAGCUAUUAACAAGUUUAAGUCAUCUAAAAAUUCCAGUGCUCUGAAUGAUGCGAAAAAGAAGUUGGAUCAAGAGUUUCGUGGCUUCACCACUAAUAUCAAUGCAUAUUUAUCAUCAUUGAAACAAGAAGUAACUGACGCUUCUGAUAAGGUGGCUGAGAUCCAGAAGUUGGAGGCACAGAUGAAAGAACUUGUUGCGCAGGCUGUGCAGCAUGCUGAGAAAAUAGUGAGUGGUAAAUUCUCGAAAUCUCAGUAUGUGGAAGCUGAAAAGCAAAACAUGGCAGCCCGUGAGGCUGUUGGAAACAAGCUUGGGGCCAUUAUUAAUGCACUACAGCAGUAAAUGUAUUCUGUUACCAUGGUGACAGCAAUUUAUUUAUGAAUUUGGUUGAUAUUGCUGCCGUUUAAAUCAUGUAGUAACUUUUGAGAAGGUGAAUUUAUAAUUUAUGUUUGAAUAUGAUUGGAAGUCUCUGAAUGUGUACUGUCAAAGUAGUUGUGGUAAAACUAAUUAAAUAAGCACUUUGGUGGGAAGCUGCUCUUUACUUGUACACCCUUCAAACUAAUUGUACAGUUGAGUUUCUUUUCACAUGUGGUCGUAACAUUGACUUGUUUGCACAGCACAUUUGGUGCAGCAUGUGUAUAUUUCUUCAAAUGUUGGCUUCAUUUUCAGACGCAAGAAAAUAUACAUAGUUGCAGUGCCACUCCCCCCACUCCUGUCUAUACAAAACUGUCCUCCACUGUGCGAUGAUUAGUUUUAUCAUAAUGACUGUAUAGUGUUGCCAAAUGUUAACUAGGCGGUUGCAUUUCAGUGGGGGAGAGCUUUUGUGCUACGACCAUUGAUUUUACUUGCAAUAUAAAUGUAUGAAAUGGUAAUUUCAACUGUAAUCUUGCUUUCACCAUGGAAACUGUCUUCGAGAAAAAAAUGCUAAAAUAAGUGCAGACAGUGCUCUAUACGAUAGUUUUAUACUUUGUCUCAGAAUGUGUAUUACUUGUAUGGAAUUUAAAGAAAAAAAAUAAAUCAUGAAAAAAGUGUUA